ACUAACAACGAGAAUUCCACCAUAUUUUUGGUGGCAGGUGCGAAGGUGACAAUGUGAAUCAUCGACAUACCAUACGUCGUCCGAGAGAAAUUUUCUAAAAACUGUCACAAUUUCCAGUGAUAUUUUUCUAAUUUUUUAGAGUGUGACGACAUAGACCUUUGUGAAACAAUAGAAGAGGUGUUAUUCAGUCUGACAAUGAGAUGACCAAAAUAUAACAUGAAGAAACUGUUCCCUUUCAAAAUUGAUUCAGCGGGGACUCAGAACCCUUAUAUUGGCAAGGUUUUCACAGUAGGGAGGUUUACAGUUACAGUAGAGGAUGUCAUAGCAGAGGGUGGAUUUGCAAUUGUAUUCCUGGUGAAGGCACAGAAUGGAAAUCAUUAUGCACUCAAAAGAUUGUUUGUAAACAAUGAUCAUGAUCUGACUGUCUGCAAAAGAGAGAUUCAUAUAGCAAAAACUCUCAGUGGUCAUAAGAACAUCAUAAGCUAUGUGGACUCAAGCAUUUCUAUGGCACCAAACAAAGUAUAUGAGGUGAUGCUGUUAAUGCAGUACUGCAGAGAUCAUGUGAUACAACAGAUGAAUGAAAAAAUCAACUCAGGCUUCUCAGAAAAAGAGGUUCUUAGGAUAUUCUGUGAUGUAUGCGAGGCAGUGGCUAGGUUACAUCACUGUCAGACCCCCAUAAUACACCGAGAUUUAAAGGUUGAGAACAUUUUGGUGUCUGACAGUGGACAUUAUGUACUCUGUGAUUUUGGGAGUGCUACUGCUAAAGCUGUCUUACCUGGUCAACAAAAUGUCCAGCAGAUAGAAGAAGAAAUCAGAAAGUAUACCACAGUUUCCUACAGAGCUCCAGAAAUGGUAGAUUUGUAUGGAGGAAAACCAAUCACCACAAAAAGUGAUAUCUGGGCACUUGGUUGUUUGCUUUACAAGUUGUGCUUCUUCACUUUACCAUUCGGUGAGAGUACAUUAGCUGUCCAGAGUGGAAACUUCACCAUCCCUGAUGAUUCACGAUACUCAAAGAUGAUGCAUUCUCUUAUUGGAUACAUACUGGAGGUUGAUCCAGAGAAGCGACCAGAUAUUUAUCAGGUGUCGUGGCUGGCGUUUAGUAUGUCACACAGAGACUGUCCUGUCCCUAACAUGAAUGGUGCACCUUUGCCAGAUCUGAGCAGAUUACCGGUACCUCUAACAGAAUCAGAAUCUAGACAAGUCAAAACUUCAUCUUCAAAAAAUACCCCAGUCCAGCCAAUUGAGAGCACAACCGUGACCCCAAGGUCACGACCUAAAGGUCAAGCAAUGCCACAGACCAAUUCUCUGAACUUACCCAUACAAACAUCUGUAGUGCCAAGAAAACGUCCGACCCCUACAAACCCAACCCCUCCCGUACAACCAAAUAGAGCAGAACCAAUGAAAGGAGCUGUACCACAGCAACUCUAUAGAAACCCUGCCCCAGGUCAGCAGAUGACUCCAAAGCAGGCAAGCUCCACUGUGUCAGGGGGCCCCAGGCCUCAAUACUUCCCAGGACAGCAACAGAAUGUGUACCAGCCCCCUGCUGCUGUGAAUCAGUUUCAGGGAGCUCAGCCAGGACAGUAUCAAAACCCUAGUGGCCCCAUGUCACAAACAAACUAUAUGCCCCAGCAACAAGUUGUUCCCCCCCAACAACAGGCAGUGGUGCAACAAGGGGUGGUGCACUCUCAACAACAAAGAGUGGUGCACCCGCAGCAACAAGGAGUUAUGCCCCCUCAACAGCAGGGAGUGAUGCAACAAGGGGCAGUACGUUCUCAACAACAAGGAGUGGUUCACUCUCAACAACAAGGAAUGGUUCACCCUCAACAACAGAGAAUGAUGUACCCUCCACAACAAAUGAACUAUGCACAACAACAACAACAACAGCUGUAUUAUCAGCAGCAGAAUCCAGCUAAUGUGACACAACCCACGCCUGCUCAGAGUCGUGCGUCCCAGCAGGCAGUACCCCAAAGUCAAGUAACACACUCCACAAGUAAUUCUCAGAUAUACCCCCCUCAAUCUAGUCAGGAAACUGAGGCCCAGAGGCAGAGAAUGGAACAUUUUGUGCAGCUUCAGGACUCCACGAAUGUACAAAAUAAUGCUAUAAAAAAUGAUGUAUUUAAAAAACCCACUGUGCCACAUUCCAAACCAAGAAGUGAAACAAAAGAAAAUACUGAUUCACAACCCCUGAUCUCCAUUACACCUCCUCCAUGUUCCCCCAAGCCUCACAAAACUCACAAACGUAACGUUAGUGACACGGCCUACCUCACCAUGGGAGGAAAGGGCAGUGCUUUCAAGGCAUAUCACUCCAAUAGGAACUACCUGCCAGCUCCCCAGCACAAUAAGUGUAAAUCUGCCUCCACCACCCCCAUACACUCUCCUCCAAGGUCUCCAGGUAUGACACGAGCUGUAUCAGCAGAUAUAGCAGAGUGGAAUCCAUUCGAUGACAACUUUGGAGUAGACACAGAAGAAGAAUUAUUUGGAAAAGAGUUCGACAAACUAAGGAGAGGAUCAAACAGCAGUAUAUCAAAUGUCAAGAGUAGAGAAGACCUGGUCAUGUCAGGGUCGGAUUCUUCUGAUCCAUUUGAAAAAGCACCCUUUAAAAAGCCAGGUCAUGUUCGGCAUGGCAGCAGCUCUGGUAGUGAACCCCAUAGAAGUGCCAACAGUUCCCGAUCAGGAGAUGAAGAUGAUUUACCUAAGAAAGUAGAUCAAGUGGACAACUCUAGUAAUCAGUUCUUCCCUGCGACACUGAUGAAGGCCGCCCUGAGUCUGGGCUCUCGCUACCAGAAGUUUGUGGACACUGACGAGGAUAAGGAAGAAAAAACAUCAGCUGUGAGGGAGUCGGCUGAAUCAAAGCACAAGGAACACGAAUCAAGUUCUUCUUACGCCGAGGAUGAUCACCCCAUCAAUCAAGUUCAAAACACAAAGAAAGACUUCAGUUAUCAGGAGCUGGAUGAUGAGUAUGGGAGUCGACCUGUCCCUGUUACAUCUAAACGCAAGGAAGGGGAGUGGAACAUUGAAAAUGAACAGAGUCAGAGUAAUGCAACUUCAGUUCCGGGACAAGGCCCGCUACCGACAGACAGGAUUAUGGGACAUGAGUACGGAGUGAGGCCUCUGCUUGAUGAUGAUGAAUUGGAAGAUGACUUUAGACCGCCUCACUUCCACGGCAGUGUGGAGAUCGGCUUCUCACACGAACACGAUAGUGAUGACAGUCAUGAAGGGAGUAGCAACAGUACAAUGUCCCCGCAGAUAGGACUUAGUCCUGCAAUGUCUCCAACGGUUAAUGACAAGGAAAAAGGUGACCCAUUUACUGCUGCUCCAUUUAGGAAAAGAUUUUCAAAGAAAAAAACUGUAGCAAAUAAUGUUUCAUCUGCAAAAUCUUCCACCAAAGAAUAUGAUCCAUUUGCUAAGGCUCCAUUUCAUCCCAACUUCCUACCAAAGUCUAAAACGCAUCAUUCUGUGGGAGGAGGGUCAAGUCCAUUAUUACAAACUAAUGAGGACAAGAGGAAAGUGGAAGUGAGCAAGGACUUAGCUUCAAGUAUUCCAUAUGCAACUCUUCCAAGAAAAUCAAACUCACGCAUUCUAUCUGGCUCGUCUUCUGUAGGCAUGUCUCCUGAUAGGGAGAAAGCUUCUACUGACACAUUAUUUACAGCGGAUCCCAUGUACACAAAAUCCAGUCAUUCCAGUGUUAAGGGCAGCUCCUCUGUACAGUAUCACUCACUGACGACCGACGAUCCAUUCCAAUCAGUUCCAUUCAAAGCCAAAUUAAAAAAGACCAGAUCUACAAAAGAGUCCAUUAACAUCAUGGACAUGGCAAUACCACCUACGGAACCAGCAAAACCAGUGCAAGAAAUCUCAAAAAGAUCUACUCCAUCUAAGACCAGUAUACCCAAAUCUCAUUCCUUUGGGUCAAUGGGCUCCAUAACACCCUCCAAACCCAGCAGACCCCUCCCUUCUCGGACAUCGGGGGACAGGUUAUACCAGCAGUUAGAGGAGCUGACCAUUGACAGGGAGGAGAGACAUUACACCAAUGUCAGCUCACAGCCGGGCGAUCAUCUUAUCACCAUGGAUGACUCCUCUGAUGACAGUUACGAAAGUGAACUUUCCAAAUCAAAAUCCAAAGGAAGGAAAAGUCCAAAAGAUUACAUGGAAUCUGGAUUUUCCAAUAUGAGUUUUAAUGAUGAUGAACUCGCAGAGUCUAUGGACUCUUUUUCUUCUCAGACUGCCCAUGUUAGAGAUCUCAAUAUUGCAAGUAUACGACACCCAGCAUUCUCUAAAGAAAACUCCCCAGUAACGAAAGCAUCGACUGAGGCAUUGAAAGUUAGUUCCGGUGGUUAUGACACUUUUACAUGGCCUAGGAAACAGAGAAAGUUAGCAACAAACGAACCCUUUAGCUCGAAAAAGAAGAUAGAUGCUGUUUGAUAAUGGAGGAUCUGUUUUUAUUUAUUGUUAAAUCUAGGUUGUUCCAUUAGAUAUGUGAUAUAUUCCACUUACAUACACUGUAUAAUUAUUGUUAUCUUUUCUUCAGGGUACACUCAGAUUCCUGGGUACCUCUCCUUCUUUUUUGUUUACUUUUUACUUAGAUAUUGAUAUUUUAUUAUUCUUUUGCUUUCUGUUCCAGUUACACUUUAUUGUAUAAGAGUGAUGUUGAAGGUAAUCUAUGCAUUUUUUAGAGGUAAUAAUUUUUUGCUUUCUCUGUGUCAGAGAUAUUGUAAUAAUAUUUUUCUUCCCAAAGCAGAGGGUUCUGCUAAUUGAUAUUUUUUUUUAACAUUUUUUUUAAUAUUUUGUAAUAGUAAGAGCUUGAUUAGUAGGCAAAUCCAAUGCUUGGGUAAAUUGACUUAAGUUUACUUCCAGCAAGACUGCAGAAUGCUUGUAGGUGCUAUAACUUAUUGGUGGAAGUGAUUGUUUCCAAAAUUCUCCAUUAUGUUUUCUUUAGUUUUAUGUUUCUGGUUUUUUUUCCUGUUAUUACAGUAGUACUUGUUUUACAUAAACAUCAAGAUUCUUCAAAUUCCAGAAAAGGAGACUUUUCUUUUUCAGUCUUUGUAACUUAUAACAUUGUUUCGUCAUUUAGAAAAAUAUUUUUUUUAACUUUAAGAAAGGGUAAAUGUGUUCAGCAUUCUUGGAAUGAGAAAUGUUAUUUGCCUAAAGUAAGUAAGAAAAUUUAUUUGAAAUAUAACACAAUCUCGUGACAAAGAUACAGCACAGAGGAUCUUACUUCUGUAGAUUCUCUUCUCAGAAAUUAUCCUUUUAAAAUUUGUUCUGCAUUUUAAGCAAUAAACUUGAAAUAAUUUGAACAAGAUCCUGCUAUAUUUUUUUUCAUUUUCAGCAAUAUCUUUUUGUAAUGCUAAUUUAUUUUGUAUUAUACAGUAGUCAUCAAACUGUGAUAUUUAAUCCUUUUGUUUAUUCUGUUCACUGCUGUAGUUUUAAUAAUUUGAUUUUUUCAUUGUUCCAUCCAUUUGUCGAUGUUGAGAAAUGUACAUACUUUUAUGGAUAUGAAUAAAUCUGCUAGAAUGUUAA